AGUAAGUGGCGCUCUGCACAUUUAAAGCUGGUUCUCUAUCAGCCGCCAAGAAGAAGAAGAAACGUCUGUUUGGAAAAUGGCGGGUGCUUUAAAGGAAGAACAGCUGGUUCGACAUGUUUAUGCGACGUUACAGGCUGUGUCUUGUCCUUUGGUGGAAGGUCUGGACCUACAGGAAGCGGACAGCAUGCUGGAGCUGCUGUGUGUUCCCUCUCAGCACCGCACCAACAUACUAGCAUGGAUCUGCAGCAGCAUCAACCCUAACUUUGGCACUUCCAAGAGAUCCAAUGACCCAGAUGUCUUACCCAAAGAAAUAGCUGUUCUUGGGCAGGAGCUGAUGCUGUGCAGAGCUGAUGACCUGGACCUGAUCAUAGAGGGCGGUGCAAGUGUUCACAGGCAAAUUCAGUUCCUGGACCAGCUUUUAAGUCUGGUCCCUGGCUGCAAGAAGUCUGCUAAACCCAGAAUGGAUGCAGAGGCGCUUCUGAACGAGCUCUAUGCUGCUGAGAAUCUGCAUCAACUUACACAAAUGCUCAAACCCACGCUCGACCCGUGGCCUGCACACAUCAAGGCUUUACAAAAGAGCACCAAGUCAUCCUCUAAGCCAUGUAGAGAAGAGGCUGCUGAUGUUGCCGCUCUUCUUCAGCUCACUCAGUCGGCACUGGACCAGCUACAGUCAGAGUGUGAAUUCCUGAACAACGAGGCACAGAGUCCAGGCGUCUUUGCUCCAAGCUCGUUGCGCGUGGCUGCGUGCGACCUCCAGCAGUUGAUGGCCACUUUCAGCCACGUGUUUGAAACCGACCUGAAAGCUUACUGCAGCAGAGAUCCACCCAGCUUCAGCGCAGAGACCGACAUCUUCCAGAGAGUACACCAACUCCUGCUGGCCUUCAUCACGGAGCUGGAAAUUCUAAAAGAAGUCUCGGAAGCUUCUGUGUCUAUAAACCAGGACGUAAACAAGCUACAAACACAGCCUUGCUACCGAAGCCGAGGGGGGAAGAACUCUUUACAGGACCAACUGGAGGAACUCACCAGGCGAAUUAGAGACUUGUUCUCGAUGCUCCAUCCCUGAUGGCAUCCUGUACAUCAUGCAGUGCACAGACUGCACGUUGACUGCUGUGAGAGUCUGUUCUGUGGUUGUGUUAAAACUUACAGCAUGAAACAGAACUGUGAGCAAAAGUUAGUUUGAUUUAAGCAGAACCAGACUCGUUGCUCACAGAGUCAUUUCAGCAGAACUGCACUCAUCUAUUUGUAUUUCUCACAAACUCUUAACUCCAGUGUGACUGAGGUGUUGUUCCCGUCAUCCUACUGACAGUGCAGUUUAUGUCAAUUACAUAAUUGUUCUGCAGACUGGUUGCAGUAAGUAGGACUCUGUUUUGCUGAGAUGAUUUGGCCUCUGGUGUCAGUGUUUCUGGAAAUCUGGUGUAGCCAGCAGAUGUCUGGAUAAUGGAUCAGACUUCCUCUGCUGAACAAUUAGCAACUUGAUAUGCAGGACUAAUGGAGACACAUUUGUGUACAGAUGUACAUUUUUUUUAAAAGCUUAAAAAUCAUCAUAGGAUGAUAUGAUUGGUCCCCAGUUUGCAUUUCAGCCAAUUUGUUUGCCCUCUCUUCAUCUCCACGUGAACAAAAGGCAAAAAUCAAAUCCUAGUCUAACGUGACUGGUCAAAAAUCUGAACACUUCAGACACCGAAAUCUUUGUUUUAUACGAUAUGCAAAUGUGUUUAGAGAUUAGAAAAACAUGUUUUGUAUAAAUGUGCAUAUUGUAAUACUGAUUAAAUUUAAACGUUUUAAUCUUCA